GUACAUCUACGUGUGUCACGCUCCCAUGGCACGUACAUGGUGCACCAUGCCACGCGUCAAACGAUCAACAAUCUACAUCGCCCUCGCCGCUUUCUUGCAUCAGCUGACACGGUUUUUCGAUCGCACCUACUUCCCGGUCACCAUCGAAUGGAACGGCCAGCAAACGGAAGUGUGCCACGUGGAAACCUCCGAUUGGGUAUACAAUUAUGUCGGCGAAGACCUCUACUUUUCCAUAUAUUUUCUAUUCCGCGUAGUAUUCGUGCACGUGGUACCGUGCAUUCUACUCGUCACGCUGAAUGUGCUGCUCUGGCAAGCCAUGGAGGAAGCGAAGGAACGACGCAAAGCGCUCUUUCGCGAUAAUAAGAAAGUAGAGAGCCGCAAGGUGCGCGACAGCAACUGCACCACAUACAUGCUAAUUACGGUCGUUUCGGUCUUUCUAGCUGUUGAAAUACCCAUAGCUGUGGUGACGGUGCUGCACAUCUUCUCCUCGCUAAUGGGCGAAUUUCUGAAUUAUCGCAUGGCCAAUAUUUCCAUAAUGUUUACGAACUUCUUCCUCGUUGUCAGCUAUCCGAUCAACUUCGGCAUCUACUGCGGCAUGUCGCGGCAGUUUCGUGAAACCUUCAAAGAUAUAUUUUUCGGUCCCUUUCUCACCAAAAAGGAUGCUUCAUCGAAAUACUCCAUUGUCAAUGGACCACGCUCAUGCACCAACACUAACGAGACUGUGCUCUAGUAAAUGGUGAUGUGGGUACCGUUUCGCGGCGCUGCUGCUGGUGGCGCGAGCAAAUGGCGAAAUGGUGCAAUGGCCGCCAAGGUGGCGAAUAAAACGCGACGGCGUAGCGAAUACAAAACGAACGUUGAUAUUAUAGCCGAAGAGUCGGUUGUGGUGGUGGUGGCCGCACAAGACGCGGCAAGGAAUGAGGUUAGAGUGCUAAACGAGGAAGGUGAGCGCGCGAAAGUCUCGGUAUAACUUAUGUGUAAUUAAGGGUAAUUAGUGGCGGAAAUGCAACUAUAGGUAUUCGAAGUAUAUUUUUACACAGCAUAUUUGGGAGAAAUUGAAAUAAAUAUAAUAAAUAAGCAAAGUGUUAUUAAGCUGAUUUAAAUGCAAAAAUAUUGUGAAAACAUAAAAUUGUUUGUACAUAAGCUAAGCUCGAAAUUAGUUAAUCGAUGUCUGCUAAGCACCUAUUGUUCUAAGUUUCUCAUUGUUAUAACUGUGGCGCACUUUAGGAUAUUUAAGCUGCUAAGUCAAAUGUACAUACAAUUCCCACACGAAAUAGACCUUCAAUUAGCUCAAGGCUUAAUUUAAUGGAAAGCCUUAAACCACAGCAGCACAAUGCCAGCAACUUGUGUACAUAGCAACCUGAGCACUCUACUUAAAAAAUAUAUUUAAGCCCGCACUACGCCGUUCAAUGCAGUUGCGCUAAGUAAGCCUUUGGUAAAAUAAAUAGAAAUUACAAUUUGUGCAAAUAAGUAUGAAAAUCUGACGACUUACGCUUUAGACGACUUAGUAGCAAGUGUCUAUGUGAGCGCGGUUUUACUCUUAGCUUAUUUAGUUCGUACGAAACGCUUCUGUAAGCUUCAUCAACUACCAAAUUUAAUGUAGCAAAUUAAAUAUGAAAUUCUAAGAUUUUAUAGUUAAAAAAAAAAAAAAAAAAAAAAAAAUAUAUAUAUACACUUGAAAUUAUAGUGAAGUGUGUUUUAACUGAAAGGCGAGUAAGAGUUAGUGGCAAGUCGAAAGGAAAUGAACAAAUAAUACUCAUUUAAAUUUGUAAACCUGCUGAGCCCCUACGUUUACCGAUUUAAAUGAUUAGCGAUGAGCCUGUGCAAGCGUGUGUACUUACGUGCCCGAGCAUAGCUGAGUGUGUCUGUAUAACCGUUAAGUGAGGUUAGUUACGUUUUAAAUGUACCAAUUACACACACACACAUAUAUAUAUCUAAUCAUUAUAUAGUAAUAUGAGUUGAAAUCUUAACAUUAAGCGUGUGUAUGUAUAUGUUAUGAACAAGGCUGUAAGUAAAUGCUAAAACUACAUUUUAACGAAAAAUAUAAACAAAGCAUCUUAAAAUUUAGUAUUUCUGCUUGCUGCAACAUUAAAUUAUUGUAAAUAUGUACUUGUUUUAGCUACCUAAAAGCUAACCCAUAAACAAAGCCCACAGAGUGUAAGCAGAAUUUGUGGCUGUAGCAUGCAACUCUGGCAUUAUCUUUAAUAAGUAGUGUUUUAUAAUAAUUCCAUAACUUUGUUGCACUGGCCGGAUAUGGAAUGCGAUUUUAUUGGAAUGAAAUUAUUACGAAUACUUUUAAGCUGCGAUAAGUUUAAGUAUAGCAACCAAAUUAAAUAUUGUAAAUGUUGCGCUGAAUUGCGAAAUAAAAUUUCAAACUGGUGUGAAUUACGAUCUACUUGAA